AUGUUUUCUAAGCUAUCAAUAAGUGCUUGGAACAUAAAUGGUUUAAAGCAUUAUACUCUUGGUGAUAAGCUAAGCAAUAAUGACUUCAUAGAUAAUAUAAAAGACCAUGAUUUGAUUUUUUUAACUGAAACAUGGUCUAAAGAAAUUAAUAGCAUUCCUGGUUUCAAGGAAAUAUCCUCACUUACGGCAACCCCUAAAUCAAACUCCAGUUGCCGUCUGUCUGGAGGAAUUUCGCUUCUAUUCAAAAAAGAGUUUGAAAAUAUAAUUUCUCUCGAAAAACGAACUAAAAAUUUCUUGUGCUGUCGAAUAGACAACACAAUCCUAGACUCUACAAAGGACUUAUUUAUUUGUGGAGUCUAUAUUCCUCCUCAAAACUCACGUUACUUUGACGAGGAAAUAUUUGAUGACCUGGAAAAUGAUGUAGUAUAUUUCUCCAAAAAAAGAAAUGUUAUGCUGCUGGGGGACUUUAAUGCCCGUACCAGCAAACUUGAAGAUUUUGUCUCAAAAGAAGGAAAUACCUUCAUAAACGUUAUUACUGAAACGUCAUUUCAACCAAAAAUGAGGGAAAGUUUUGAUAACUAUAUUAAUAAACAUGGCAAAUGUCUGAUUGAGAUUUGCAAAAACUGCAAUCUGAGAAUCCUGAAUGGUAGAACCCUUGGUGACUCAUUUGGUAAACCCACUUCCCACAGCCAAAAAGGCUCAAGUGUGGUUGACUACAUAAUUUGUGGCCAAGAACUGACCCAAACCAUCAAAAACUUUAUUGUCAAACCACCAACUUAUCGGUCUGACCAUAGUAAAAAGAGCUCCCACUCAUGCCCCUAUCAGUGA